AUGGACCCUCGACCCUCAGUGCCGGGGGUCGAGGUGGUCCCGGUGGCGCUUUUCGACGUUUUGGAUUCGAAACGGAGCGAGGACUACGUGCAGCGCGUGGAGCCGAGCGCGCGCGGCGGCGAGAAGAUGGCCGCCGCGCUGUACCUCCACUGCAAGGAUUAG